AUGGGUUUUCAGGAUUAUGAUAUUAUUGAAGAGCUAGGAUCUGGUUCCUACGGAAAAGUUUUCACUGUUCGGGAUCGAAGAACUGGAGAAAUUUGUGUUCAGAAAAUUGUUAGCCUAGAUGGAGUUGAUGAAAAGGAUAGAGAAGAAACAUUAAAUGAGGCUCGUUUAAUGAGCCAGUGUGAACAUUUCAAUAUCAUUAAAUAUUUGGACUCUUUCAUCGAGAAUAACUACCUAUGUAUUAUUAUGGAAUAUGCAUCUGGAGGGGAUCUGACAAAGAAAAUUAAAGCACAACAGGGAAAACCAUUCAAGGAAGAUUUAGUGUGGAACUUUUUGAUACAGAUAUCUCAAGGGUUGAAAUAUUUGCAUGACAAGAGAAUUUUGCACAGAGAUCUUAAACCUCAAAAUAUAUUUCUAGAUGCAGAGGAUAAUAUUAAAAUUGGAGAUAUGGGUUUAGGAAGAAUACUAGGACCUCAAUCCUCUUUCGCCUCAUCAAAUGUAGGAACACCUCUUUAUCAAAGCCCUGAGCUGUGUCAGGAAAAGCCUUACAAUCAUAAGAGUGACAUUUGGGCUUUUGGAUGUCUUUUAUAUGAGCUAGCAGCUUUUUCACCUCCAUUCUUAGCAACAAAUCAGAUAGCUCUAGCAAAGAAAAUUGUUGGUGAUAGACCAAACAGUCUUCCCAAAAUCUAUUCUAUGGAACUUCAAUUUUUAAUAUUUAAAAUGUUAGAAAAGGAGCCAAGUAAGAGACCAGAUAUAAACCAAAUAUUGAAUUAUUCGGCUGUAAAGUUGAGAAUUCAAAAGGCUAAGCUUAGACACAAGGAGUUAAAAUUGAAGGAGCAAUUUUUAACUUUGGAAAAACAAUUGAGAAUGGAUUAUGAGACAAAAAUUGAUAUGCUCGAAAGGAAACUCUCUGAUUACAGAUACCAGGAGGAGCAAGUGCAAAUGGAAAGAGAAAAUAUUGUACGUAAAUAA